AUGAACACCAAACCCAUCGUCGCAUAUCCCAGCCUUUCGAGCUCUCUAAACACGCUCCCAAACGCGACGAGCAUGUCCAAUAUCCCUUUGCAUGCCAAUAUGUACACUAGCUAUGCACAGGAAAGCCAGAGUCAGGCUAAACUCCAAAAAGCUCUUGACAAAAAAAGUCAAAUGCAACAUUCGACUGCUCCUCUCUCUCCAUACUCAUCAUCACAUACAUCGUCCAGCUGCGAUGCCGCCACAUUAAUGAUGCGGAAACCGGCAAAAAAAUGA